AUGGCGUUGUUAAGAGUAGCGGUUCUGGCGCUACUUCUCACAUCGUCGCUUGUGUACGCGGGAAAGGAAAUCGAGAGGAGCUGCUGCUCCCUAAACAAGAGAAAGUCUUGGACUGUUCUGACAGAUGACGAAAAGGCUGAAUAUCUCCGAGCAGAGAUAUGCUUGAUGAACCACCCUCCACUGCUAGGCACAGUCGAAGGAGCUAAAUCCAUCUGGGACGAACUUCACCAUACCCAUAUCUGGCAAGGGAACUAUGUUCAUUAUGUCGGGCAUUUUCUGCCCUGGCACCGCUACCUCGUACGUACGCAUGAACUGCUCCUGCAGACCUUGUGCAAUUACACAGGCUCCCAUCCCUACUGGGAUGAAAUUGCCGACUGGGAAUCAGGCCCUUUGAAUAAAUCAAGAAUUUUCGACUCGACUCUUGGAUUCGGGGGAAACGGAAUAGGAGACAGUAAAUGCGUUGAGGAUGGGCCAUUCAAGAAUCUCGUUUUAAAUAUUGGGAGGGACGGAAAGAAUGCCAGCUACUGCCUUACGCGCGACUUUCACCAGGCGAAUUUUGACUGGGCCAACAGUACUUAUUUGGAUGAAUGUCGUUCGAUACAAAACUAUACCGCCGCUUGGGCUUGCUAUCAUGCUUAUCCCCAUGCCGCAGGACACGCUGGUGUGGGUGGACUGAUGUAUGAUCCCAUUGCGAGCAACGGCGAUCCAAUUUUCUAUCUACACCAUGCAUAUAUGGACCGCUUGUGGUGGAAAUGGCAGCAGAUGGACUUACCCAGGCGCUUACAUGAUAUGGGAGGGCCAAAUGUCCCUGACCAGCGAGUUCUGGAUUCAGUUGGGUUACAGAGCCCCAGUAGAUCCUUGGUCGAUUAUAGUGGAGAUAAUGGCAACAUAACCACUCUACGGCACAUCCUAUGGAUCGAGGGCUUGGUGCCUAAUGUUACAGUUGCGGAUGUGAUGAACCUACACGGUGAUGUUAUUUGUGCUGAGUAUAUUGACUGAUGAAGCUGGGGGAAAGUAUUGCUAUGGAAGAAUUGUUGAGAUAUGGUAAC